GUGUCCAAUAGCGUUUGGUUUCGGUGACCACUGGUUCAACACUUGUCAACUGGUUCCGAGCCGAGUGUAAACAUUUGGUAGAGCCAGACAGAUUGGGGUUCGGCUGGUGAAUGUAUUUUAUCUGGUGAGACGUGUUUAAGUGUGACCCCUGAUGAUUGUAAGCCGGUUGACCUGUAGGGCGCUGACCUCUCACCUGUGUGCUGGACGAGGCUGGCCAAGAGUAGAGAUGACACGACCAAGCUCAGACCUAGCAGACUUUCGUAAGGUGUUUGCGAAAGCCCGGCACAUCGCCAUCAUCACCGGAGCAGGAGUCAGUGCUGAGAGUGGAGUGCCCACAUUCAGAGGAGAAGGGGGUUACUGGAGGAAAUGGCAGGCACAGGAUUUGGCUACUCCUUCAGCGUUUGCUCGUUCUCCGUCACUUGUGUGGGAGUUCUAUCACUAUCGCCGUGAGCUCAUGCUCACCAAGAACCCCAAUCCAGCACACACUGCUAUCGCCGAGUGUGAGGCACGGCUGGCCAAACAGGGCCGUUCUGUGGUUGUCAUCACUCAGAAUAUUGACGAGCUGCAUCACCGUGCCGGCUCCAAGCAUCUGAUGGAGAUCCAUGGGAGCCUCUUUAAGACGCGCUGUACAAUUUGUGGAAAUGUAGCUGCCAACCACAAGAGCCCCAUCUGCCCAGCAUUAGAAGGGAAAGGAGCACCGGACCCAAAGGCAGAAGAUGCCCGUAUACCUGCGGAGGACCUACCCAGAUGUGAAGAGUCUGGUUGUAAUGGGCUCUUGCGUCCACACGUGGUCUGGUUUGGGGAGACUCUGGACUCAGACAUUCUUACUGCAGUGGAGCAGGAGUUAGAGAUGUGUGACCUCUGCCUCGUGGUUGGCACCUCCUCUAUAGUCUACCCUGCAGCCAUGUUUGCACCACAGGUGGCAGCUAGAGGUGUUCCUGUUGCAGAGUUCAACAUGGAGGACACCCCUGCUACCAUGAAUUUCAGGUUUCAUUUUGAGGGCCCGUGUGGCAGUACUCUCCCUCCUGCUCUGGAACGCCAUGAGACUGAAAUUAUCUGAAAUGAUGUGUGUCUCUCUCUCUCUCUCUCUCUGUUCUUUCCUCUCGUUCUCUUUCUCCACUCAAUCUGUCCUCCCUUUCAUUGUUUUGUAGCUAUUUGACCUCUGCCUUUAUCCCUCCAUCGUUUCUUCUGUUCGCUCCCAAUUUAUUUUCUGUUUCUCUCUGUCCACACAUGUGUUUCUCCCAGGAGCUCUCCUUCCCUCUCCUCUCCUCUCCUCUCUUCCCCUCUCCUCUACUCUCCUCUCCUCUCCUCGUGUCCCUGCACUUUAAAUAGCUCCGACAUGACUGUUCUUGGCCGAUCUGCCUGUCUGUUCAACAAAAGUCUUGACAAAAUGUGUGUUUGUGUGUGUAUGUGUCUCUCUCUCUCUGUGUGUGUGUGUGUGUGUGUGUGUGUGUGUGUGUGUGUGUGUGUGUGUGUGUGUGUGUGUGUGUCUGGUAAUCUGGCAGACAGAGCCUGUGCUUGAUCUAAUUGUUUGCCAUUGAAGUGUGCGUGAUCAAAAGGGACUUGAAUAGUGAUUGAAUAAAGAAACCUUUUUGAAUUCA